AUGUCUGGGGUGGGUGAAGUUCUAGCAAUCGUUAGUUGCGUCGCCGGACUCAUCCAAGCCUAUGAUUCUGGCACUCGCAUCAUCAGACAAAUCAAAGCGAGACGCCAGGCCCAUGGCGCUCUUCCACCCUCUGAUCUACUCGAGCAAUCUAUUGAGAAAGGCAAGAGGGAAAUCCAAAAGGUGGUCGAGGAUGGAAAGCAGCGCUUUGGUCCCUCAUUCGAAGAGGGCGACGCCACCGCUCAAAAUGCUCUCUUCCGCAUCACCAUUGCAACACAGCAAGCUCUUCUAGAUGGCCUUACUCAGGCUCGCGAAGACGACGGAAUCAUAGAUUUCGGAUAUUGUCAACACCUCGGAUAAGGGUCGCAACGAUGCCCUCAUCGCACUCCAUCAAUUGUUCCAGCGCAAACUCGAGGAAGAGAUGGCGACCAAGAGAAUACAAUCUCCAACAUUAGCAUCGUCCCAGGCUCCAGCAUCACUACCUCCUGCUCCUACUUCCCUAAUCUCGCCCUCUCCAUAUCAACAUCAUCCUGUCCAGGUCACAAAUCCCAGACAUGAUCAAUCGACCCCUUCGCCGUGGCCCAAGAUCAAGAAGUCCCGAACAUUUGGUGAAGUGGUGGGGUUUCGACGAAAGUCAAAGGAUAACAGGGAUCUAUCUCCAACAAUAUCAGAUGUCCUAGAGUUGGACAAACUGGCUGAAAUGGCCCCCAGACUAUCAAAGCACGAAAUACAACCCUCGGUAAAUCGGCGAAAUACAAACUCUUCUAUGCGUUCCCAUGCCACUUGGUCGAAUGGUUCUACCGACUCUACUGUUGGCCAACCUAGACCAAUACUUCGAACAGACACCUCAGCAUCUUCCAUCACCAUGGUCGCCCGGCGUGAUAGUAACUUCUCAACCAUCUCGGGCAUGUCUUCAAUGUCC